AUGGGGGGCGGUCAGUCAAAUGCCUCCGCCUCCGUGGAGGCGCACCUCAGUAAGUGGGAGUCCGCCCUGGCGGAGCUUGAGGAGGUGGCGCGCUCGAACCGACGUGCAAUGGAACAUGACCGGAUUUACACCAACACUGGCAGCUCAACGGAUCAACGCCCGGGCACCGGCGAGGACGGGUUGGAGCCGUCGCUGCGUGGGGGGCGCCACCUGUCGCAGGUGUCGUUUGGCACCUCCCCCAUUGUCCAGAUCGGCCAACAACAAAAGCAGCAACUGCCGCCAGCCCAACAAGUCCUCACAACAGUCGCAAACACAAGCCAGCGGCUGAACCAAAUGUCUAUGGAGGCGGUUUCCCGCACGAUUUCGGUUGGCGUCUCGUACGCGACGCCGGCGAACAACAACAUCAGCAACGCCGAUGUCUCAAAGUUGCCCCUCUCCCUGGGGCCGCAACCAAAGCAUAGUCGCCAGCAGGUGUUGGAGAUCCGCAAAGCGCGGAUGAAUUUCUUUAACAGUUACGAGCUGGAGCGGCCGGAGGAGGGUACCAACCUGAUGGAGUGCAGCCACUUUGGGGCGGCGGCCGUGGCGCUCUCCUAUUUGCUUGGGGGCGAAAAAGGAUGUAAAGACCGCAAGAAACGCGUCACCGUGGAGGAUAUUUUUUUUGCAGCGCAUGUCCCUCUGCAUUACCUGCACGGUGGUGUUCAGGGGUUACCGGUGAUGUCAGAUAUCAUACGCGACUUCAUUGGCGUGGAUAACCGCUUCAAAAACGAUUAUGGCCUCUCCGCGAUGCACCUUGACAUUUCACCAGCGCUCGGCCAGGUGGAACUCGGCAACAACGACGUCGGCGACCGUCAGCGGCGGAUGCAGCUGCCAGAGUUCAGUAAGGUCAUCACACACGACUGCGAGGAGGAGACGCAGGUGAUUCGUAUUGUUAACUACGAUCCUUAUGUAUUGGAGCAGGAGACCCUCGUGGACGCUUUUGACGACGAGGAUGAGGAGCACUCUGCGCUGGCGGCGUCGGCGCUAGUUAAUGCGCGUCCUGCUGUGCACUGCUACCCGCCGAACAACAGUGGGGCCUACGCCGUUAUCGUGGAUGUACGCAAUGUGGUGCAGCUGAUGGUGACAUUGGCUGAGGGCGUCGUUGGGGAGUCGCUCCAUGUGACGCUGAUGGAGGUUCCGGCCGCUGCCCUCUAUAAGGCGAUGACGGUCGUUAAGGAUGGUUGCCGUGCCCGCGGCUUCAUUCGCAUCUUCCGCAAGGACUGCGUGCCCGUGAUGAUGCACGAUGAGGUGCCACUUAUGUUUACCCCGGAGCUCAGCAGCGGCAAGGUGAUUGGCUCAACGCUACAGGGCAUUCACGCCUCUGUGGUAUCGACACACAUCAGCCCUCAUAUUGCCGCCGUGUCGUGGGCGAUGCAUCUGCUUGGUGGGGUGCGUCCAAACUCGCACGGGUAUGGUAACGGCUUGCCCGUCUCAGACAUCAUCCGUAAGAUGUGUUUUCCUGCCGACGUCUUGAUUGACGGUUCACUGCCGCUGGGCGAGGUGUUCCGCUACGCACGCAAGUACGUGCGCAUCACCAACCUCAACUACAACGUUUCCGUCUGCCCGGUGCUGACGAAAAUCUCUCGCGACAAUGCGGUGCCGACCAUUUCCAUCUUCGAACUGGAGUCGAUCAUUAUCGAUGUGAAGGACGCCAACGAGGAUCCAGAGGUGCCGGAGCACAUCAUGGCCAUCAUGUACAACGCCAACGUGGCACACAAUGUGCUGCACAUCUCGCAUUUCCCGCAGUGGUGCCUGCUGGCUGGCUACGACGUGGAAACGCAGAUGGUGCUCCUCAUCGACGCCCACCCCAAGACGUUUAUGCAGACCUGGACCUGCCCCCUCGACCGCCUGCACAAGGCCAUGACGUCCAACGGCUACAUCAUCUUCUCCAAGUCCCGGGAGGUGGCGUCGCGCAACAAGUCAAGCGAGAGCAGCACGUGCGGCGGCUCGCAGUUGUUGGGAUUCGUGCCAGAGCCCAGCCUUGUUGGGGCCCCGCGUCGCAUUGCGUCAACAGUGCAGAAUCGUCUGGAGUUGUUGCACGAACAGGAGACGCUAGGCGGCGAGCAUACAGAGGUCGUCAAGACCUUUCACUUUCCAUCCUUGCCGCUGAGCUCGACGAUGAUGGCGCUUGCUUUGACCAAGUUGGGUAUCUUCACGACGUUUGAAGAUGUCGUCAUGACACUGCCAUUUGAGAUCUCCUCCUUGAUGUUGCGGUACUUCACGGUGGAGUCGCUGGCGGUGUGCCUAACGACGUACACUGCCGCUGUUGGCCUCUCAAUGGAGGUGCAGACAUACCACACCGAUCGUUGCCGCAGCGGCGCACCGAGGCUGCCGUGGGAUGACUUCAAGCAACUCGUCGUGGAGAGCGUCGAUAACCCCAACCGGGUUCUCUUUGUUCUCUUCAACAAGGAAAAGAUUGAAAUCUUUGGCGUCGCCCACCCGUUUGGCUCCACCGGCAUCGUCAUUGGCUACAACCCGUCGACGGAGAGUGUGACGGUGAUGGACAGUAACCCCCACAGCUACUUCCGCACGUGGCCCGUCCCCCUGCGCACCCUCCACGAUGUGUUGCUGGAGGAGGAUGCGAAGCACCGCCGCUCCGGCUGCAUCACACUGACCCGCUGCGAAGGGGGAUGCGAGUCCCGCUUCCCGCUGAAGUACACCCGUGACUUCCCACUGCACAUCCUACCGGUGCAAAACAUCUUCCACGUGAGUCCGUCCCCACACUUUCAGGCCCUUUCCAUGGCUUUUGCGCAGCUCGGCUUCUUCUACUCACCGGAAGAGAUUUUUUACGAGGCCUACCUCAAGACGAUGGCUGACCAGCGUCGGCGCGGUAGUCAGGCCUUCGCGUGGCGAGACGUGGACGUGUCUCUUACAGUCAUUAACAAACAGAUUGACGCCCGCUUUCUCGCGCAGGUCUGCCGCAUGUUUAUCGAAUCCCGCAACCCGACGAACAGUUCCACCAAAGGCACACUGAAACGCACUGGUGGCGGUGGUGGUAACUGCACGGGUGAUGCCGACACAAUUCAGGUGGAGUUGCUCGAAGACAUUGAGCUAGAGGAACUUGACACUAUUUUGAUGGACGCCACCCGGCGCGAGGGCAACAAUUCGGUGCUGCUGCUGAACUACGACACCGCGAAGGCGCAUGACGUGGAGCAGUGGGGUCGCAGCCUCGCGCUGGUGAAGUCGUUUAACCCCGAGACGGAGAUGGUGGAGCUGAUGGAGGGCGAGCACACUGUCUUCGGUCUCGUUUUCACCGUCAAUCUUGCGAAGCUCAUUGAGAUUGGCGACCUACACAACGAGGGCCGCAGCGCGUACGGUUUUGUGAAGCUAGAAAGGGUCAAGGAGCGCACGGUGCACAGGCGGUUGACGUUGAUGAGGGGCCCCGACCCCGACGAUGAGGAACCGUUCGACGGCGCGACGAGUGCUCCAGCACACCAAGGAUUCAACACCACGGUGCGCCGCAGCCGCGAGAUGGUAGCCAAGUUCCUUGGAGAGGGCAAUGAUGCAGAGUUGUGA